CACCCUCUUUUGGAAGAGAAUGAAGAAAUGUCUUUAACUACUGCUUUUGAAUAUACCACAUAAUUCUGAUCCAGAAAAUAAUUUCUGCUUUUAUUCUCUUUUCAUCUUUGCUCACAAUAAUAAGUAAGGAUAACACCUGAGACAAUGGAGUCCAUGCUCAAUAAAUUGAAGAGCACCGUGACGAAGGUGACGGCCGAUGUCACCAGCGCCGUCAUGGGAAACCCUGUGACCAGGGAGUUUGAUGUUGGCCGGCAUAUUGCCAGCGGGGGUAAUGGACUCGCUUGGAAGAUAUUUAAUGGCACCAAAAAAUCAACAAAACAGGAAGUGGCUGUCUUUGUCUUUGAUAAAAAGUUAAUAGACAAGUUUCAAAAAUAUGAAAAGGAUCAGAUUAUUGACUCUUUAAAACGAGGUGUUCAGCAGCUAACCAGGCUUCGACACCCUCGGCUACUUACUGUUCAACAUCCACUAGAAGAAUCCAGAGAUUGCCUGGCGUUUUGUACAGAACCUGUCUGUGCAAGUUUAGCUAAUGYUCUUGGCAGCUGGGACAACCUACCAUCUCCUUUACCAUCUGACAUUAAAGAAUACAAACUUUAUGAUGUGGAAACCAAAUAUGGCUUGCUUCAGGUUUCUGAAGGCCUGUCCUUUCUGCAUAGCAGUGUGAAAAUGGUCCAUGGGAAUAUUACACCUGAGAAUAUAAUUCUGAACAAGAGUGGAGCGUGGAAAAUUAUGGGCUUUGAUUUUUGUAUCCAGUCAACAAAUCCAUCUGAACAGGAGCCAAAAUUCCCCUGUAAAGAAUGGGAUCCAAAUUUGCCAUCCUUGUGUCUUCCAAAUCCUGAGUAUCUGGCACCUGAAUAUAUUCUCUCUGUGAGCUGCGAGACAGCCAGCGACAUGUAUUCUCUAGGAGCUGUUAUGUAUGCAGUAUUUAAUAAAGGGAAGCCCAUUUUUGAGGUCAACAAGCAGGAUAUUUAUAAAAGUUUUAGCAGACAACUGGAUCAGCUGAGCCGUUUAAGCUCCGGUACUCUUCAGAAUAUACCAGAAGAGGUGCGAGAACACGUGAAGCUGCUCUUAAACGUUGCUCCAGCAGUAAGGCCAGACGCUGAUCAAAUGACUAAGAUACCGUUCUUCGAUGAUGUGGGAGCAAUGACGCUUCAGUAUUUUGACUCUUUAUUUCAAAGGGAUAACCUUCAGAAGUCACAGUUUUUCAAAGGGUUACCAAAAGUUCUGCCAAAACUACCUAAGCGUGUUAUAAUUCAGCGUAUUUUGCCUUGCUUGACCUCUGAGUUUGUGAAUCCUGAUAUGGUACCCUUUGUCUUGCCUAACGUUCUCCUUAUUGCUGAAGAGUGCACCAAAGAGGAAUAUAUCAGGCUUAUUCUGCCUGAUCUUGGUCCUGUUUUUAAGCAGCAAGAACCAAUACAGGCAAGCAACAUGAUCCUGUUGAUCUUCCUGCAAAAAAUGGAUUUGCUUCUAACCAAAACUCCACCAGAUGAAAUAAAGAACAGCGUUCUACCAAUGGUUUAUAGAGCCUUGGAAGCACCUUCAAUUCAAAUUCAGGAGCUUUGCCUAAACAUAAUUCCCACAUUUGCCAAUCUAAUAGAUUACCCAUCAAUGAAAAAUUCAUUGAUUCCAAGAAUUAAGAAUGCAUGUUUGCAAACUUCAUCUCUUGCUGUCCGGGUAAACUCACUCGUGUGCCUAGGAAAGAUUUUGGAGUACUUAGAUAAGUGGUUUGUGCUUGAUGAUAUUCUGCCUUUUCUACAACAAAUUCCAUCCAAGGAACCUGCAGUGCUAAUGGGAAUUUUAGGUAUUUACAAAUGUACAUUUACUCAUAAGAAGCUUGGRAUUACAAAAGAGCAGCUUGCAGGAAGAGUAUUGCCUCAUCUGAUUCCUCUCAGUAUUGAGAACAAUCUUAAUCUCARUCAGUUCAAUUCUUUUAUUUGUGUUAUAAAAGAUAUGCUUAAUAGAUUGGAGUCAGAGCAUAAAACAAAACUUGAACAGCUUCAUAUCAUGCAAGAACAACAGAAAUCUUUGGAUAUAGCUAAUCAGAUGAGUGUGUCUGAAGAGGCAAGAUCUGUCAGUACAAAUAAUCAGAUUGACAAGGUAUUUGGUAAUACUGGAACUGACCUUCUAACUAGUGGAUCUGACAGAGAAGAGAACGAGUUGUCAUCAAAGCAGAAGAAGGCAUCACUUACACUUGAAGAAAAGCAAAAAUUAGCUAAAGAACAAGAACAGGCACAGAAAUUAAAAAGCCAGCAGCCUCUAAAGCCACAGACGACUGUGAUAACACCUCCAUUGAAGCAGACAAAGGACUUGACAGAUACCCUGAUAGAUAAUAUGUCAUCUUUGACAUCUAUGAACAAAACUAAAGUUGCAUCUUCAAACAGCUUCUCUUCUGUCCCUUCUAUGGGUGUUGGAAUGGGAUUUUCAUCAACCAUUGACAGCACAAAAAGAAAUAUAACAAAUGGACUAAAUACUAGUAUGGGUUUUCAGACUGCCGGAUUCGGCAUGGCAACYGGUCCCACCACUCAGAAUUUCUUCAGUGGUCCAAGCACAACAGGAACAAGCAAGAUGAACAUUGCACCAACUGCCAAUAUGCCAAACUACAGUCCCAUGAGUGCUCCUUCUGCAAUGUCUCCACUGGCACAACAAAACAGACCCCCAGAUAUGUCUGCUUUAGAUAAUCUUUUUGGUCCUCAGAAGCCCAAAGUCAGUAUGAAAGAGUUGGCUCAACAGAAGUCAAACCAGUGGGUCAAUCAGUUUGUACCCUCCCAAGGGUCCCCAAGUGCAAGUGGUUCAGUCUUGGGACCUCAGAUGAACAUGAUGGGACAGCCUGGCUUUGGUAUACAGGGUAAUCCUUUCUUUUCUCCUCAGAACUUUACACAACCAGCAAACACGAUGGCAAACAGCAGCUCAGCUAGCAAUGACUUAAAAGAUCUUUUUGGGUAAAAUGUCCUAUUUUCUUCUUUCAACAGUUGGUAUAAUUUGAAUCAUGGGUAAGCUGAUUAACAUCUUUUCUUGAUUAGGAAAAGUAUGACUUGGGGGAAAGUUUUCCACUCAGCAAAAUAAAUAAUUUUGCACUAGAAAACUGUUUUUACAUUGUCCUCGUAAUGUAGUGGAAAGCAUAAGUGCAAGGUCAUCCUAUGUCAUAAUUUUCCCAUCUCUACCCAACUUCAGAGCAUUGGAGAUAGGAUGUAUAUAUUCACUGAAUAUAAUAAGCUAAAUGUUUCAAAAUUACUCAGAAAUGCAUUCAAUCAACUCCUGCAUUUAUGUGAAGUUUUAUUUCCUAAUUUAAUUGAAAAUUGUUAAGGGGUAAUAAUGCUAAUGUAUACAAUUUUAAUGCUAUCCUAUGGAUCAGUAUUUUCAGUGUCUGUUAAAUUCAACUCUUGAUGAUUUGUGUAGCCUGAAUUUGGCACAAACUGUCAUUAGGCCUUAUGACAAUAUGUGAAAAGUAAAACUCAUGCUUCGUCAGAAUGUUUUGUUAGCCAUGUUACAUAGAAAUACCUCUAGUCCACAACUCUACAGCAGGCUAAGAAAAUCAAAUAUUUUGGCUUUCUUCUCUACGAGGAAAUUAGGAUUAAUGUGGUAGUUGACUACCACGAUAUUCAGGAAGCAUAAGAAAUGAUUUUAAAUGGUGGUACAGGUCUAGGAUAGAGGAAAAACAUUGCUCCAGUAGAUAUAGUGGUUUAUGUCUUAUUUUAUAACACCAGACCAUAGUUAACAGCCCCAGAGCGAAGGCCCUGUGCCACUUUCAUGAGUUUUUAAAAUACUUGAUCACAUUUAUUAUAUAUUUCUGUGUUUUGGAUAUUUUGGUAUUGCUUCCAGCUAUUUUGUUUGGGGAAAGAAAAAUAGUUAUGAAAUCUCUCUGUAAAUCAAUUCAGAUGCUGAAUUUCCCCAACUUGUUACAGUUKGCUGAAUUACACAGAAAUAUUUUUGAAUUACUUCACAGUUUUGGGGCUCUGUUGGGAGGAUGGAAAAGGAUUGGCUGGCAGAGGUUGCUGUUGCACAUGGUUGUGUGAAAAAGUGAAUUGCCAUUUAUUGCCUUGAUUAGAAUAAAAUGUUACUUCUUAAUUUUGUUUUAAUUCAAGUCCUUAUGAAGAAUAGAUGACUAUGAAGUGAGUUCUAAAAUACAGAUUUGUAAGCUGUAGAAUAUGUGGUAAAUACACACAUAUUUCAAAUCCUUUUUAUUGUAUUAUUCCAAAUUUAAUAAAGAUCUCCAGAAAACCAAGCAGUAGUCUCUUCUACUUCCCGGCAGGUAGAUGUUCAGCUUGCCCAUGAUAGAAUCUCUGCUCUGACAGAUAUUACAGUUGGAUUUUAAUUUUCUCUUUCCUAGGAAUUUCAGGAAGUUUCUUAACAUAAUAUUUUGAAGACUGUAGCUGGCUAUUUUGAGAAGGAAAGAACUAGUUACCUUUUUUAUGGAAAGCCUACGUACUUUAUUUUUCAAAGCCUUUCACUGAAGAAGUUGUUCUUUCAUUUGCUGCUUAAGAAACCAAAGGGCCUUAUGCUAUAAAUGUGAAUUGUAUUUUGUUAUAUAUUUCCACGAUUCUCAGCAUUAAGUGUAUUUCUUAAAUAAUUGUUUAUGUAUUAUAGUUCCUGCCUUAGUCAUAUUAUUUUAAGACACCUGGGACCAGUGACAUUGUGGUUUAGAAAACAAUGCCUAACGUUGUGAUGCUUAUGUGUUGUUAGUGUUCAUGGUAAAUGUUGUAGGUUAUGUUAAGAUACCUAUGUAACUUAAAUACAAUAUUAGAACUGUUAAAAUAUUAUUUAAAUUCAAAUCUACGGUUACUGGUACUUUACACUCUGAAUCACACCAAAUCUUUUUUUUUUUAGUGUCAGCUUUUGAAAGCUACACUUUUUAAGGUAAUGUAAGGCAAAAC